AUGGAGAUGAAAGGUUACCGGCUGUUUUGGUAUGAUGGGAAAAAGUGUUAUGUAAUGGCUGACGAGUGGACAAGAUUUUUUAAGAUCAUUCUUGAGACACAAAUGAGUUCCCUGUCUCUCCCUCCUGCAAUUUCGGAACAUUAUGGGUCCGAGCUUCCACAAAAAUGUAUAAUCCAGACUUUAGAAGGACGUGAGUAUGAAGUAACUCUGAAAAUGGUGGAUAAUCAGCCGACCUUGGUCGAAGGAUGGGAUGCUUACAUUCAGGCAGAAUACAUUGAAAUACAUUACAUUCUGUUUUUCAAGAGAAUCAAUAAUUUCCAUUUCGAAAUUAUGGUGACGGACAAAACUGGUUGUGAAAGAACACCGAUAUACCACUUUUGUUUGGACAUAAAAAAAUCGCACAUUGACCGGGCACGCUUCCCAAUUCCAAUACGUUUUUGGAGAGACCACAUCGAGGGAAACUUUAACAACUACACUAAGGCUGUCAUCAUGUUCAAUGAGAAGGUUUAUAAAGUUGAUGUAAUUCAUGGUAAUGGCAAGAGAUUGUUGCAAAACGGAGGUGCUCGACAGUUUGUGAUUGAUAGUGGCAUAUUGGUUGGUUCUUCAUGCAUGUUCCCCCACGUAGGACCACUCAACCCAUAUAAAGUGAUCAAGUUCAGGGUUAGGAGUGGUUAG